AUGGAGAUGAAGCGCAAAUCCUCUGAUGCGGACGUCCAAGAGGGCAUCAUCGACGACGUGGCCGUUGAAUACUCGGACGCCUACUACCGCAAGCUUCUCUGGAAGAUCGACAUCUGGCUUCUGCCCCUCAUGUGGAUCUGCUACGGCACGCAGCAAGCCGACAAGACAUCCCUCAGCACCCAAGCCGUCUUUGGCAUUCGCGAGGACACGGGUCUCGUGGGCGAGCAGUUCAACUGGCUGAGCACCAUCUUCUACCUCUCGUACAUGGUCUGCGAGGGCCCCGGCAACUGGCUCAUGCAAAAGUGUCACACGGGCAAGUUCCUGUCCAUCGUCAUGGUCCUCUGGGGUGUCAUUGUGCUGUGCAUCGCUUUUGCAAAGAACUUUGCCCAUCUCAUGGUUCUUCGGACUUUUCAGGGAGCUCUGGAAUGCACCAUCUCUCCUACUUUUAUGCUCAUCACUGGCGCGUGGUAUACCUCCCAGGAGCACACUUUGCGCUCUCUGAUCUGGGGAACAUCGAAUGCCGGUAUGAACAUCCUGGCUGGUCUUAGUAUGUAUGGCAUUGGUCUCCAUGCUGAGAAGCACCCUGGUGGUCUGGCUGCUUGGAAGGGCAUCUCAUUCUUCCUGGGAGCUUUGACAAUCACCUGCGGCAUCCUCGUCUGGUUUGUCCUCGGAACUCCUCGUGAGGUCCGCUGGCUGAGCGAGGAUGAGAAGCGCGCCGCCAUUGCCCGCGUCCUCUCCAACCAGACGGGAUCGGAUCGCGAGAAGCGAUCCGAGUUCAAGUGGGAGCAGGUCUGGGCCACAUUCAAAGACCCUCAGACCUACUUUUUCUUCUUCGUUACCAUUAUAAACGCUCUGCCCAAUGGUGCCAACACGACCUUUUCCAAGCUCAUCUGGAAGUCGUUUGGUUUCACGCCCCUGGAGACGCUGCUCAAGGGGUCUACACCCUACUACUGUGUGAGCAUCUGCUGGUUCCUCGUGGUCGGCUAUGUUACGCUUAAGAAGCCCAACCUUCGAUUCGUCAUGAUGAUGUUUUCCCUCGUGCCAGCCUUCUCGGGUAUGAUGGCUCUUGCAUUCUUGCCUAAGGAUGGAAUGAAGUGGACGAGAUGGGGCAUGUAUAUCCUGCAGGUGUUUGGAUCACUCCCCGGACUCAUGAUCUGGACCUUCCUGCCAUCCAACGUCGCAGGCCGAACGAAGAAGACAGUCACGGCCACGAUUCUCUUCAUUGCUUACUGCGUUGGCAAUGCCGUCGGUGCCCAGAUGUUCGUUGCCUCGGACGCACCUAGAUACAUCCGAGGCCUCACCGCUUGCGCCGUCCUCUACUGUGUCGAGUUCUGCAGCAUGGGAACGUGGCGAGCCUACUACAUGUGGGAGAACCGCCGACGGGCUAAGUUGAUUCGGGAGCAGGGUAUUUCUGAGGAGGAGAGCCUGCGCCUCGGAAAGGAGAAUGCGGAGGCUGAUAUGACUGAUCGGGAGAACAUUCACUUCAAGUACAAGUAUUAA